AUGAAUAACGAGGGAAACAAUUACGAUGAAGAGGGGAGGUUCAAUCCUCUAAUGGAUGGAGGGGAACAACAAUAUCCACCCGCUCCUCCAUUAGGGAAUCUUCAUGGGAUAACGGCGGACCAAAUUAAACUUCGGAUGUUCCCUUUUUCCUUGAGGGACAAGGCUAGCAUUUGGUUGCACUCUCUACCUAAUGAGUCCAUUCACAAUUGGAGGGAGUUGGCUCAAGCCUUCCUUAACAAAUAUUUCCCUCAUGGCAAGACUACAAAGUUGACUAAAGACAUACUUGAGUUUGUCCAAUUUGAAGGAGAAUCACUUCAUGAGGCAUGGGAGCGGUUUAAGGAUUUACAACGAAGUGUACCCCAUCAUCGGCUCAAUAGAGAGCAUGUUAUACAAAUCUUCUAUGAUGGGACGAAUGUCACUACCCGAGCCACUAUCGAUGCGGCUUCGGGGGGUUCACUUAUGCAAAAAACCUAUGAGGAAGCCCUUGAAUUGGUGGAGAAAUUGGCCGUGGUUAGUAGUACUUGGGGUCCUAUGGAAAGAAGAGCGCCACCUACUCAAAAGUCACUCAUGACUCUUGAUCAAGUGAGGGAGAUGGAGUCCAUAAAAGCCGCAAAUGCUUCGCUUCAAGCUCAAGUGGAUGCUCUCAAGAAACAAGUCGCUCCUAUGCAACGAAACGCUCCGGUGGCUUAUGUUCAAGUAGGACAAGGCAAUGCUCAAGGGCCUAAUCAAGCGGGUCCAAGCUUCCAAGGUGGAAAUAGACCUCCCCAACAACAAGGAAAUUACCAUCACAAUCAAGGUCAUGGCAACAAUGCGGGUGCUAGACCUCAACAUCCUCCCGGGUUUCAACCUCAAAGAAACAUGGAUGAAGGGAAUAUGCUUGCUAAGUUGAUGGAUGAGCUUAGAGAGAUGAAGCAACUUCAAAAGAAUCAAGCCGCCACUAAUCAAAUGCUUGAGACUCAAAUCUCUCAACUUGCUAUCAAUCUUCAAGAACAACUUCAAGAAAAUGUGCAAGUGUUGAAUCAAGAAAAGGGGGAAAUUCCUGAAAAUUUUGAGUUGGCAAGCUUCUCAAAGGAAAAAAUCUCUGCUUCCUUUAACACUAAGGGCUCGAUCGAGCCCUCCCUUUUAAUGAAAGGCUCGAUCGAGCCCCAUGAGUUAAAGGGGGCAGAAAUUUUUUCUCAACACAUUUCCCAAGUCUCGUUUCAUUCCGAGUCGGGGGAUGACGAAUAUACUAGAGAGGAUGAACCGAAGCCGGAAAGUUUAAACAAGAGCAAUGGUGUGACUCCACCAUCUUCGGAGUUGCCCCCGAAGGUUGAAAUGAAGCCGCUUCCGCCACACCUCCGGUAUACUUUUGUUGGGGAAAAUGAGACCUUGCCGAUAAUCAUCUCGAACAAGCUCUCUAAGGAUCAAGAAAGGAAGGAAUAA